AUGGCACAACAAUGUUUGGGAACUUGUACUGAAUUGUGUAGGCAACUAGGAGGUACUCGUGUUGGCAAUAUUCCUUUUAUGGGAAUUGGGCGACAGCCAGCACGUCAGCCAGGAGGAUUGUGGCAGCCAAGAUCUUCACGAAUUGGAGAUAGACGUUUGGGUGGAGGAAGGGGUUGUAGAGAUUGGAUUUUCCCAGCGGGAAGAAUGGAUUGUGGUUCAAUGGUUGCAAGGGGUUUUUGCCUAACAGAUCGAACACGAAUGCUUGCACAAUGUCCGGCACGUUGUAAUUUUUGCUGAGUUGUGAAAGAACAAAUUACAUUGUGA